GCCGGUUUCUGCUCGAUUCUGAUUCGUUCCAGAAGAUAUUUUAUGUCGUAGUCUAUUCAGUUGGAUAAUUUUGAUAUUUUUAGAUAAACUUUACUUUUACUUCGAAGAAAGUUUCGAAACUUUUUAUCUAGUGUAUUUUGUUCGCUUCUUUUUAAAAUAUGGAGUUAUUCUGCUCUCAGCUCCAAAACUGUAUUCGGUAAAAACGUUUGAAAGAACAUAUUUAAAUCUUUUGUUCACGUAUCUGUAUAAUGGCUGUAUUCCUUUCAAUGAGAGUAUUUUAUUAAUAUAUUUUAGUUGUCAGUAUAUAUAAUUAGUCAACAUAUUUCCAAUUAGAAAAAUUCAAGGGUAAAUAUUGUGAAAUUUUGGAAUAUUUGUAUUAAUUAGGUGUUUAGAAUAACAAAUUCUACGAAAAAAAGUUUGCAGAUGCAUGCUAAAGAUAUAAAAUCAAAUCACCGUAAGUAUCAAAUCAAAUAAGAAACAGUAGAAUGAUUUCCAGUGACUGAUAUGGAACUAUAAUGACCAAGAUAAUUUUCCACAUUUUGGUGUUGUACGUAGAAGGAAACUGUUGUAGUGGACUACAGUUGAAUUCAUUAAUAAUUUAAGGAAAAAAUAAGCUGAAUCACGAGUGACGCCAUAGUCAUCUAAGGAAAGAAUCGGAUUUCUUCUACUUUUUGUAAAUAAGAAGUCAGGAACAAUUGGAUACUUUGAUAUAUUGGAUAUGGAUCCUCAAAUAGAUAUAAAAGAUAUUGAGGAUAUAAUGUGGUUAGAAGAUGAAGAAUUUGAAACAGCAGUGAAGCAACUGGAUUUGCGGAGUAUAUUGUGCCUGAUGGAAGCUUUGCAAACAUCUAUGUGUGAAGAACAACUGCAGUUUGAACAACUGACUAGGCAGUUACAGAAAUACCCGGAUCGCAAUUCCUACAAUCAUAGAAAGAUAUCAACAGCCCUAUGUACAACCCAGAGCCUUUUGACAAAUCUGUGUACCAAACACAUGAUUUGUUCCGGGCAGAGAUCCUUGAGAUCUUCCUUUGGUGACGACUGUUCUACUGUUGACACUACUCCGAUUGUCCAAGUUCACAAAAUGGCUUCAAGCACACUUCAGAAUGGCGGCGAUCGUAGCAGUGGAUUUAAAGAAAGCUUGCGAUUCUUUCAAAGCCAAGUAGAUCAAGUGGAUGUUAUUCAUAGCGGGUCAAAAUAUAAUCCCCCCAAAACAAAUGGACUUGCCAAAUCUCAUUCUUUUGGGGGUGAAAAGUACGAAAGUAAGGCAAACUCAAAAGUGAAUAAAUCCGCACCUAGUGUUGAUAAUAUUCUCAGCAGUGUAAAAGAUCUUUGCUCUUCGCGAAACGUGAAAAAUGUCGCAGAAACUAAGACAAAGUUCUCAACUACUUCUCAGAGUACUGUCACUAAUGACAAUAAAUUCAGAAAUAAUUUAGGUUCUGUCAUUUACCAAACCUCUCACAUGAGACUUUCAGGGUACGAAAGUGGUGUGACAAGAACUGAACAGAUAGUUUCUGUUUCACAGAAAUCUGUAGGAUCUGAUAAUACCAAGAAACAAUCCCUUCUUAGCAGUUUUAAUCCAUCUUUAGAAUUUGGUGAAUCGGAUCAGACUGAUUCUACAAACAAUGAAGUUCCGGGGAAUUGCAAAGUUUUGCCUCACACAAAAUCGAAUCUAUCUUCUCAGACUCUGAAUACUUCCAGGAAGUUCUUUGAUUCGGAAAACUCCUCGGUUUCGCAAAGUGAAUCAGUUUUCGGCAAAGUAAACAGCUUGUCUUCAUCGGAAAAGAAUUCUGCGCAUUCACAAAAUGAAUCGGUUUUCAACAAAGUGAAUAGAGUAGCGUCAUCAAAAACUGUCUCUGACAUGGCCAAUGGAACUGCAGGUUCUAAAUCGAAAGACUCACUUGUUCAGGAAAAUAAAAAGGUAUUCGAAAACAAAAAGGAAGUUGUUAAUGCAUCUAAUAGAACAUUUGGGCAAUGCAAAGACAAGUUAUCCCAAAUGGAAUUUAGUAAAGCUGCAACUGUUCCCCUGAAAAACAUUCAGCUGGAACCCAAUGAACAUAAUGAGUCGAAAGACAUUGAUGCAACUCAAACUUGCGUGGUGAAAGAAAUUACUAAAGAAGAAGACAGCCUUUCAGAAAAGUAUGCCGAAUCUGAUUAUGAUUCACAUGACUUUGUAGUCCAUAAAGCUACUUUUCCGGAAGAUUAUUUGGAAGCGAUGUCGGAAGACAAUUACAGCUCUGUCAACGAAGAAUAUGAAGUCGAACAUCCGAAUGAUCCCGAUAUACCAUCUCCAGAUUAUCCAAGUGACGAAGAAGAAUAUCUGGUACAGCAUACUGAUACUCCCCAGUAUGAAGAUGUUGAAUUUAUCGAUAAUAGUGCCCAGUAUGUUAAUGAUCCUCGCCGUUACAUUUACUAUCCUGAAGACAAAGAACUGGAAGUCAUUCCUGAAGAAGACGAAGAGGACAUAGAAGAUGAUGACAUAUAUAAUAAUGAAGUUUACAACCGUGGGAGCUUCCAGAUUUCUAACCCAAGCAGCGAAGAUUCUCGUUAUAAUAAUCAUGGAGAAUGCGAUUCUGGUCUCACUGAUGACCAGCGCAGUAGCAGCAGCACUGCAGAAGAAUGUGAUAUAGAGGAUGAUACAGACAGUGCUAAAGGUUCAUUGCCUCUGCAAGAUUCCAGCACAGAAUCACCUACUUACAACGACCGAGCGAACAUGUUCCAAAACGUCGAGUACCAUAAAUUGAAUAAGCGACAUUAUCCUUCCAAAAGGAUUAUUGAGGACUAUGAGAAACCGAAACUAAAAGGUAAAGAUGUUGAAACUGUUCCAAAUAUACCUCAAAAUGGUACAGAUUCAGACGACUUGAGACAAGUGAGAAAUGUUUCAAGCGCAUGGGACCCAAAAAAAUUGCUCGAAGUUUUGUAUAGGCUAGAUACUACUGUCGAGCCUGCAAAGAAAGAAACGAGGUACAUAAAUAAAGAAGGGUAUUUGGAAAAAUUACCCUCUGGCAGGAAGAAAGCAACAUACUGGAACCCUUGGAAAACUAAAUACAUUAAAUUAAAAGAUGGGUUUCUUCAAUGUUUUGAUAAUAAUCGCUCAGAAAAACCUUCAAUGACAUUACAACUGAUGGGAGGUCGUAUUGAUACUCUCGAAAAUAAAAUGCUGGGAGUUGAUGAUCAAAAAGGGCACUACGUAGUAUUAAGAUGUUCCGAUGAUGAUGAAACUGAGUCAUGGGAAAAUGCUUUACGUAGUCAGUGUGCUGAAGAUUUUGUCAAUGCCUAUACUAGUCCUUGUCUUCGUCCAUUACCUAUAAAUAAGAAUGUUAUCAUCAUAGAUCUUGGUAGCUGUUCGAUUCGAGCUGGAAUUUUAAUGGCACAACCUACUCUCCCUAAAUUAUUUAUUCCAACAGUUUGUGCAUCCAGCAGAUCGAGCAACAAAAAAAUCUUUGGAAUAGAUGCUCUGAAACCUGCUAACCGGAAAGAUUCUCAAUUAACAUUUCCAUUACAUCCAUCUGCGAAAGUAACUAAGUAUAGCAUUGAUGUUUCUAUCCUACCGGACUUAUUGAAGUACAUAUUUCAAGAAUUAAAUGUUUACCCAGAAGAUUAUAAGAUACAACUGAGUAUGCCUCGAAAUUUAAGUCUUCAGACAAAAUUAAAAAUAGCUCGCUUGCUACUUGAUGACUUCAGAGUUAAAGGAAUCAAUCUAACCCAUCAAGCCAUACUUUCUCUUCAUGCUUACAAUUCGAAAUCAGGAAUCAUCGUAGAUAUUGGAGAUCGAUUAGAUGUAAUACCAAUUAUUGAAGGUUACAUAGUCGAAAGUGGUGUAACAAGGCUUCCAUAUGGUGGACAAAGAAUGAUUCAUCAUUUGAAACACACUCUUGCUGAAAAGAAUAUAAGUUUAGUAAGUGAUGUUGAAACUUACUUAGCCCGUUAUGUACUUGAACAACUUUGCUAUGUGGCUGAAGAUUAUAAUGAAGAACUGCAAAGAUUCCACACAAACCCGGAUGAUUUUGAAAUGUCUAUAUCUACAAGCCACUUUUUCGAAAAUGAAUGUCUUUGGAAUGAAAUUAUUCUGGAUAUGGGAAGAUUUCAUGUACCAGAAGGCUUAUUUGUUCCUGAGAAAUGGGGAUUGGAUAAUCCUGGACUUCAUAAACUAGUACACCAUGCUAUCCAAGAAUGUGGAGUCGAUCUUCGAAGAGAAAUGACCCGAAGUAUUUAUGUUAGUGGGGGUUUGACUUUACUGCCUGGUUUUGUUGAACGUCUAGAAAAUGAAGUUGAUAAAUUAACGCCAAAUACAGUCACACCUAAAGUUCACGCAUCAGCAUACAGAUAUCACAUGUCUUACAUUGGAGCAUGUCAAAUAGCGUUAGAAGAAAAGUUUGACGAAGUAUGUAUAACUAAACAAAUGUGGAGAAAAGAAGGAAAUACAUGUGUGAAAAAAUGGCAUAUUUGAACUCACUUGUGUGAAACUUGUAAAUGAAAACUGCAAUGUUUCGGUCACUGAAAACUGAUCAAAUUCAAAUUAUGCUAUGAAAUUUCGAAGAUCCUGAACAGCUGGAAGAUUAAAUGCAGAUCCCACUCUUGAAUGAAGUGCAGAGAGAUACUGAAAUGUCAAUUCAAUAAACUAUUUGAACUAUGGCAAGAACUACGUAUAAUUAUAGUUCAUGUGGAUCAAACUGUAUUUUUUUCUAUUUCUUUUACAGAUAAAAGCAUUGUAAAUGGCUUCUCUUAACACGUUAAGUGCCAACGUAGAUUCCUGUGGAAUUUUAGUAGAGGCUUACACUUUAAUAUUCAAUACUUAAUUAUCAAUAGUCUGAAUUUCUUAAUAAAGCCUUUAAUUUUUGUUUACGAUGUGAAGCGUAAUAUUUUUUCGUCGCAUUAAUUCAAAAACCUACGAUUUGUCAUACCUUAUUUCAUGUGCGAAAGAUUGAAAUUAAAGUUUUCAGGAAGAAACGUUGUCGAGAAUGUAAAUAAACGUAAUAGAAUUUUAUGUUAAAUUUCCCCCAAACGAAUUUGUAAUCAAUGUCAGCGUUCCACUUAACGUGUUAAAAAUAUAUUCCAGGUUUGUAUAAAUAUGAUUUCAUUUGUACAUAUUUCUAAGCAAUUAAUUGCUUCAGUGCCAAGAAAUUAACCUUUUGUAAAGAAUAAUAUUUGGAGUAUUUCUUAAAUAAAUUUUUUGUAACCUU